AUGCCCCUCCCUCCGUCUCCCCUGAAACUCUCACACCGCUACCCAUCAGGCACGGACGAUUCACUCAUUUCCCCCGGAACAACCGGGAGUCAUUUUACAUUUGAAAGUCCUCAAUCACCGCGGACACCCCGGUUAUCUGCUCCUCCGUCUCCUAUCACCUCCCGGCAUAACUCCAAUGCCAUGAGUGGAUCUCAACGAGGAUCCGGAGAUUUCUCUGGCGCCAUUGAUGCGGGUGGUGGAGGCUUGGGCAACCUGGCUGACGAGCUGGCCGAUGCAUGGGAAGAAGACGAUGGAUAUGGAUAUGUAUCUGGCCAGGAAGCCAGCCGUGCGGGGUCACAGCAGAUGGGCCACAGUGAUGGGGAAGAGGUGUAUAUGCAUUCAGGACAUGGCAUACGCACUCGGUCACCUUCCAUCUCAUCAGAAAGGGGUUCGCUCCAUCCGUCUAAAAAUAAGAGCCGCGCAACACAUCUCUGGCAGCACCGACGGCCGGAGUCACAAUAUGAUGGUUCAGAUUACGGACCUGACUCCGAUCUGGAGGAGACGGAUAUCUCUCCCGCUCUAGAGACCCAAAUCGCUGAGAUUGAAAGCCUUGCCCGGCGUGGUCUAGAGAAUAAUGGCAGUGAAAAUGACUUUGUCAUUCAGCGGACGGUCGAGUCACUGAAAGACCUUGGUGGGCAGAGUGGCAUCGAGAACAGUGCCAUGAGACUUAUCACCGCCCAUUCCUCAAUCACAUCACAUCUCACCCACCAAACCCGCGCUCUCCAAUCACUCGUCCACCCUCUCCUCUUCUCUCCAUUCCCCCUCCUCUCCGACGACGCCAUCGACUCCCUCAUGCCCCUCAUCGACGAGGGCCUGUUGCCAAAUCUCCCAUACCCAUUCCCCGAACAGCCCCGCCAAGACUCCCGCCCAUCUACCCCUCAGUCCUCCGCACACAAUCCCCUGGCUUCUCUCCAAGCCCUUAUCUCGCAGACAUCCGACAUCACACAUUCCCUUCGCGGUUUAAGCGAUACUCUCUACGAAUCGCGACAACUAACCUCGACAGCUUCCCGCCGGCUGCGGUCCGCGCGCGAGCUUGUCGCUGAAAUUCGGCGAGAAGAAGAGAGCCGCGAAGAGGGAUCCCGGUGGAUCGAGCGCGGUGAGUGGGACCGUCGGAUCAAGGACAGAGAGGCAGGCAAGGUCUGCGGCGAUGUAGUUAGCGGCUUUGAAGCUGUCUGUGGAGAAUGGCGGGAGAAGCUGUUCGGCACUAAUGCCGAAGUUGCGGCUGCAUAG